UUAACCUUAUCUGCUUGUUUUUUUGUUUUUGUUUCAUAAAAAAUAUCUCUUCUCCACCGUCUUUAUGACUUUUUCCAAGCUUUCUUGAAGUCUCAAACUUCUCUUCUUCCUCACAAUGGAAAACGACGUCGUCCUCCCGGCCGUGAUCCUCCGCCGUGCCGGCGACGAGAUCGACCUGCCGCCGGGCUUCCGGUUCCAUCCCACGGACGAAGAGCUCAUCACUCAUUACUUGUGCCGCAAGGCCCGCGACGCGGCCUUCUCUCCCAGAGCCAUCGCCGAAGUCGAUUUCAACUCCGUCGAGCCCUGGGAUUUGCCAUGGAGGGCAAAAAUGGGAGAAAGAGAGUGGUAUUUCUUUUGUGUGAGGGACAGGAAGUACCCAACAGGGGAGAGGACAAACAGGGCAACAAAAGCAGGGUAUUGGAAGGCAACAGGGAAAGACAAGGGGAUUUUCAAGGGCCAAACAGUGGUGGGGGUGAAGAAGACUUUGGUUUUUUACAAAGGAAGAGCACCUAGAGGUGAGAAGACCAAUUGGGUGAUGCAUGAGUACAGAUUGCAUGCAAAGAGUUCCAUCUCAAACACCAAGGUACAUUAAUUAAUUCUAGACAUUAUCACUCUCUUUGGUUGAAGGAAUUGAAUUAGGAAGAGAAGAAAAAUGUAAAAAAAGUAAAAAAAUAAUCUAAAAUUAUACUCCCUCCAUCCCAAAAAGUCUUUCCUGUUUCAUUUUUUGCGCAUCCCUUAAAACACUUAUAUCCCGCCUUGAAUGCCAAAAAAACUUUCAAAAUAACUUCUACCCACAAUAAAGAAAAAAUGUUAUA